AUGGAGAAGGACCUAGGGCGUAGCUCGUUUCUCGAAUGCGUGGGCUCUGCAGGUCUGGCCGGCGGUCCGUCCGAACAAGCGUGGGCGAAACUGAACCAAGAUCGAGGAAAGAGCGUUGGGACAGAGGCCGAAGGAAAGAGCAAACCGCAAAACGACAGGAACUACGACGGCGGGCAAGAGCAAGAGUGCAAUUGCAGCACGCUCUUCCUCUUUCUUCAAAACGAUUCCUCCUUUUCCAGCCUUUCUCCCCCUUUACCAUCACAUUUAUAUUCCAGACCUGCUCCAUUCCCUGUCGUGCCGCAGAUCGAUCCAGAUCUUGAUUCUCUUCCGUCCCGAGCCUCCGAAGUCACAUCUAUUCCUUGCAAGGUCUCACAUAUUGUCUUUGAGAGCCCGGACAGCACAUAG